UUUCCGGCACACAAGGCCAUGGCCAAGAAAGAUACUAUUUUAAAAAUCUGUUCACGAGACCAGAGGCAAUAGAAGAGGAGCCCUGAAGGACUGGUCAUUAUCUCUGUCCUUCUUACACCGUCCAGAGGAACUACUACAGCUGUACACACAUCGCCAUCAUGUCUGACAGAGAGAGGAAAUCUAAAAUCCCUGCUUCCAGGAAGCUUCUUCUGAAGACUCUUAUGCUUCAGAAAGCCACUGAAGAUCUGGAAAAAGAGUACACAGAAGCGGAAGCGGAGAAAGCCCGAACCCUUUCAGAGAAAGUUCCACCCUUACAGUGUGGAGGCCUGAACCUUCAGCAGUUACAGCAAUUGUGCCAUAAACUUCAUAAACAGAUCGAUGCUGUAGAUGAAGAACGCUAUGACAUUGAAGUAAAAGUCAAAAAGAAUGAUUUCGAUAUCAGUGGUUUAAACCAGAAGAUUUUUGACCUUAAGGGAAAAUUCAAGCGUCCCAACCUGCGCAGAGUGCGUAUCUCAGCCGAUGCCAUGCUUAAGGCCCUCCUUGGAUCCACAACUAAGGUUUCCCUAGACCUGAGGGCUAACCUGAAGUCAGUGAAGAAGGAAGAUGAAAAGGAAAAGAAUGCUGAAGUUACUGACUGGCGUAAAAACAUUGAAGCUAUGUCCGGAAUGGAAGGCAGAAAGAAGAAGUUUGACACCACUACUGCAUAGGGAUGAAAAGAAGAAAAUAAAGAUUUUGAAGAUUUGCAACAAUCUCCGUAUCUCCCAAAGACUACCAUCAUUUGUGAUUAUUAAAUAUUGUUUAUCUUUA